GCAAUUCAAUAAUUUUGAUAGUUCACUAACAGUUUCAGCCCUAAAAUUGCAUUCUCGGCCCUCAGUUCUGCCAACAUGAACUUGUACGAGAACUUCAACACCAGCAUUGAAAAGCAACCCCGUGCUGAAGGACACGACAUAUUUGUUGUGUACGUCAAAUCGGACGACUGUGGAAUCGUUCAGGAUCUGGAUUACGCGCAAAGAUGUGCUUUCGUGAAGGCUACUGAUAGCUGCGCUGACCAUGUCAAUAUUAUCGACUACAUCACAUUCGUCUACUGCACAGUUGGCGCAAGGAAUGAGUACUCGCAUUGGAUAAUAAUGGUGUUUCUACUGAUAUUCGCCUGCUACUUGUUUUCUAUACUAGGAUCUACAGCAGACAUGUUCCUCUGUCCGGCCUUAACCGUCAUCUCAAACGCACUGCAUAUGAGCGAAAAUCUAGCUGGGGUUACUAUUCUAGCCUUCGGGAAUGGGUCCCCUGACAUUUUUACAUCACUGGCGGAUAUGGAAGGUGAAACCACCCUCAUGAUUUCUGAGGCAUAUGGAGCAGCAGUGUUCGUGAUAGGCGCAAUAUCUGGAAUCAUAAUCGUGGUUCAGCCCUUCAAAAUCUUCCCACCAACCUAUAUUAGGGACGCGUCCUUCAUUGUUUUCAUUUGCGUCUAUAUCAACUAUAUAAUGUACGAUGGGACUGUCAAUAUUUAUGAAAGUACAUUCAUAAUCGUUCUGUACGUCAUAUAUAUCCUGGUAGUUAUCCUGGAUCAAAUUAUAGUAGUGCAGAUGUCAAGAGAUGUUCAAAGGAAGCUUGACAUGGUUGCAGCUGGAAUGGCUGACAGCGAUUUACAACAGGAAUUGCAAGAAUUGAAGGAGCAGGGAGUAUUGGAAUUGCUUGGGAAGAAGUCCCACAUAUCACUAGACAUCGAUGACACGAAAUCAGCGGACUUCAUUGGGGUAACACCAAACACAAGACUCUUCACGCAGUUUCUAGAGUCAUUGAAUCCAAUCGAUAAGGAGGAAUGGGAAGAAGCAGGGAUAAUUGGAAAGUUUUUGAUAAUAAUCAAGGCUCCACCAAUUGCCAUACUAUUGUUGACACUGCCAGUGGUCGAUUACGAAAAACAGAUACACGGAUGGUCGAAGCUGCUCAAUGUCCUGCAAAUUUUCAUCACUCCAGCAUUCAUGCUAAUAAUUAAUCAGAUGUGGAACAAGGACGUCAAAGGAGUAUCAGUAUUCGUUAUUGUGGCCGGAGUUACAAUCCCCUUGAUGAUUCUGGUUUUCUGCACAUCCAGGACAGAUCAACCGCCACGGUAUCAUAUAGCUUAUGCAGUGGCAAAUAUGAUAGCAUGCAUCAUUGUCAUACAAAUAAUAGCAUCCGAAGUGGUUAUGAUUCUAGAUACGGUCGGUAUCGCAGCCAAGUUGACUCCGUCGUUCCUCGGGUGCACUAUCCUAGCUUGGGGCAACAGCGUUGGGGACCUCAUUUCCAACAUCACAUUGGCGAAACAAGGGUACCAUAAAAUGGGCUUUGCUGCAUGUUUCGGUGGCCCUUUAAUUAUAAUCAUUUUGGGAUUUGGUCUCACCUUUAUCCACAAGUGUGCCACGAGUCCAGAGAAGCUAGCUUACGUGCGGCAAGGAUCAAUGGGAUCAACAUGUAACUUGUUCCUGACACUGAUUGUGCUUCUUUCCGCGAUUGGCAUUGCUUGCUCCAAAUUUCAAGCGCGGCGCACCAUUGGACUUUAUAUGUUGGCUUUUUACUUAUUGUUUCUUGUAUACGCUGUACUUGGUGAGUUUGAGAUAAUCCACCCCUACGGAACAGAUCAUCGGGAUGCUCGUGUUAAAAUGGACUAAAGAGCUUGAUGCAGAAGAUUCAAUGUUCAAUCUGUAGUGCUUUAUCGAUGUUGUAACAUUAUUCAAGUGAAAAAUUGUAA